AUGUCUUAUUGUGGCUCCCCUGCAGAGGGCACUGUGGAGCACCAGGAGCCUCUAAAAGGAGGAUCUAGGUCUAAGAUGAAGAAGGGCUUUGGUCUUGCCUUUGGACUGUUCUCUGCUAUGAGUUUUCUCAUCUGGACUCCUUUGACUGGGCUCAAGACUCUCCACUUGGGAAGCUGUGUGAUCACUGCAAACCUCCAGGGAAUACAAAGGGAAUUCUCUGAGAUUCAGGAGAGUGUGCAAUCUAUAGAUGAAAACAUUGACAUCAGAAUCUUAAGAACGACUGAGUCUUUGAAAGACAUAGAGCCUUUGGAUAGGUGUUGUUUCCUUCGCCACCUGGUGAGAUUCUAUCUGGAUAGGGUAUUCAAAGUCUACCAGACCCUUGACCACCAUACCCUCCGAAAGAUCAGUAGCCUUGCUAACGCUUUUCUUCUCAUCAAGAAGGACCUCUUGGUCUGUCAUUCCCGCAUGGCAUGUCAUUGUGGGGAAGAAGCAAUGGAGAAAUACAACCAAGUUCUGAGUCACUUCACAGAGCUUGAGCUUCAGGCAGCAGUAGUAAAGGCUUUGGGGGAGCUGGGCAUUCUUCUGAGAUGGAUGGAGGAGAUGAUAUAG